AGGUUUAGCCGAUGGGGACGUGUAUUUGACUGUGUUUUGUGUGUAUGCAUGUCACCCCUGCAGAUCAAACCCUGAAUAGUUGACAUGCCACCUGGGAUGGUGUGUGUGUUCUCUUCUCUUUUCUCCAUAUUGUGUUGCGUGGUCACCCAGAGCUCUGCUUCUUCCAGCCAUCACCCCACUUUCUUGCGCAAUGAUACGUACUUUGAGCACCUGGCUUUGCAUCCUGACCCUAAAUUGGGUCGGGUCUAUUUAGGCGCCCGUGAUCGGCUUUACCAGCUUUCUUUCGAUCUUCAGCUUGAGGCAGAGGAAGAGACGGGGCCUGUGAUAGACAGCCGUGACUGCUUGCCCCCAAUUAGUGACACAAACUGCCCACAGGCAAAAUGGACCAAUAACCACAACAAGCUCCUACUCGUGGAUCCUUAUAGUCAGGAGCUCAUCAGUUGUGGAAGUGUUUAUCAAGGAAUAUGUCAGAAACGAAGUUUGGAUUCAGUGGGGAAAGUGCUUUUCUCCGCAGAGAGGCCUGUGGAUACGCAGUAUGUGGCGGCUAAUGACCCCAAUGUCUCUACAGUAGGACUUGUGGCACUCACUAGAGGCCGUGGGAAACAACAGCCAGUCCUGUUUGUGGGGCGGGGUUACACCAACAGCCAACCCCCAAUAUCUACUCGAAACUUAGUUAUGGAGCCUGUUUUCUCAUAUGAAGAAACUUCAAAGUUAGCGGUGGCUGGGAGGCUUUCUGAGUAUGAUCAUCAUUUUGUAACAUCAUUUACCCAUCGCUCGUAUGUCUACUUCAUGUUCUAUCGGAGGGACUUACAGUCACCGUCGAGAGAAUAUCGCACAUAUGUUUCCCGUAUGUGUUUGGAUGAUACUGCAUAUUAUUCAUAUGUAGAAGUUCCAUUAAGCUGCCGUUCAGCUGGAGGAAAGAAUUAUAACCUUCUACAAGCUCUACAUGUAGGCCUACCAAAGUUAGAUAAGGUUAUGGGAAAAGAAAGUACAGCUGCUUCAGAACAAGAGGUCCUUUUGGGGGUGUUUUCGAGCCAUUUCGCUUCUUCCAGUCGGCCAAAUGAAGAGUCUGCGGUAUGUGUGUUUUCACUUGAGGAAGUGGAUAAACGUAUUGAUGCUACAAGAGAUCUGUGCUACACUGAAAUGGGUCGUGCAGAUGGACAGGAGGUUGCAUAUAUCGAGUAUGAAGUCAAAUCAAACUGUGCCAAUCUUCCAACGAACACUUUGGAUGCUUACCCAUGUGGCUCUGAUCACACCCCUAGUCCAAUGGCAAGCCGGGCGCUUGUGGAAGCUGAGCCAAUAUUUGACAGUCCAUCUGUCCGUCUCACUGCUGUGGCUGUGAGUGUAAGGGAGGAACAUACUAUUGCGUUUCUAGGAGACUCCCAAGGAAACUUACACAAGGUAUAGAAACGUUUUCAAGAUGAGGUGUACAUUUAUAGUCAUUUAAUUGCAUGCGAUUCUUCCAUUAUUCUUAGUUCUUUUCUGAGGCACAUUUUUAUUACUGUGCUCACACAGCUAGAGAAGAGGUCUGUAGCAGAGUGUGAAAAGCAUUUGGAUUGUCAGUCCUGCCUGUUGGCUCAUGAUCCAUAUUGUGGCUGGUGUGUUCUGGAGGGGAAGUGUGGGCUUCGUAGCGAGUGUGUGCGUGGGGAUCAGAAAGAUCAGUGGCUUUGGAGCUUUGAUAUAGAGCAACAAUGCCUGAGCGUGACGUUUCUCAAUCCAUCCAACAUCAGCCGAGAGGAGAGGAGAAUUAUCUUUUUAUCCAUCCCUGGUCUUCCCAGUCUAGAGCGAGGAGAGCAUUACUCUUGUGUCUUCCAGGACAGGUCAAGUUUAGCUGUUGUCACAGAGAGUGGUGUCACUUGCUCUUCUCCACAUGUAUAUACAUUGCCAUCUGUGUUACCUAGUCAAGAUUUUUUUACAGUCACUCUGUCUCUUCGGUUCCAUGAUGUUGUUGUGACUUCUCGGGAAUUCACCUUUUAUGAUUGCACAGCAGUCAAACAGCUUGCGGGAAGCAUGCCCUGCCAUGGUUGUGUGCAGAGUCGCUGGGGAUGCAACUGGUGUGUAAACCAACAUAUGUGUACCCACAAGGGUGUGUGCGAUAAGGGACUGAUAAUCUAUAAUGAACAUUGGAAAUCUCUGCCCACCCUACUUCCUGCAACCAAAGCCUCUAGAGCUGCAUUCACAACUGCACCAGUCACAACACACAAAGUCCCUGAAACCAUGGCUCAUACUAAACCUUCGACUACUGCCACUGCAAUAACUGAAACUAUAACCACUGUACUGGAAUCAUUAACCUCUUCUGCACCUGUGAAACCAACACCAUCAACUAGGAUUUCUUCCACUUUCAAGCCGUCUGCUACGCCUACAAGUGCCUUUCUCUCCUCUUCCACAGCUGAGACCACAGUACAGCCAGCCUCCACACUCUCUCUGCUAGACGAGAUACUCUCAGAAAAAGAGCUUCUUGUUACAGAUAUUGAAUCAAUGGCUCUGAGGGAGACAGACACUGAUGUGGUUACUCUUGCAAGUUUGUCAGUGGUUGUAAAAACUGAGCUGUCAUCAGUCAUCGAAGCUGCUGAGGAGCAAAGGAUUUCACUGCCAUCAUCAUCGGCUGUAACCGAAUUGCCACCACUAAUGGAGCCAGUCACACAUGAUAGCUUGCUUACCAGCACCCCUCACAAUUUGGCAGAAACACUGAAUUUGAUAAAUGAAACCCAAACUACAGUUUUACCUUCAAAUCCAGAACCAAACAUGUUUGAUUCUGAAACCAGUGACUUUUUGCCUGUUUCUGAGAGAGUGUCACCUGCCAUGCCUUCAGAGAAUAGGAUAAUCACUGACCGUCAAGAGGCUCAUUUGGCUCCAGAGGAAGCUGAGGUGGAUCAGGCAGAGAACGACAACGCAACAUUUUCUGCAGCUACAGUCUUAUCAGGGGAUGGAGAAUCAGACAGUGAUCCCCCAGUAUACCUCCAUUUGCGAAGUACAGACAUAGAUGCUGAUUACCAGUAUGACUCAGCAGAUUUACCGGCUGAUGAAGGCACUUUUGUCAAUUGGGGGGCAUCUGCCUGCCCAUGUGUGGAGAAAAUUCAAGGAUCCUCUCUGCUUCCUGUACUAACUCAGAGAAAAAUCUCUCUGCUGGCCCGCAACUUGCAUCUCUAUCAGGAUAAAGAGCUGGCAUAUGAGUGUGUAAUGGUGAUCGAGGGGCAAACUGUGGUGGUUGAUGCAGAUGUGACGCUGAAGGAGGCACACACUUUGCUGUUUGACAUCACCUGUCAUGCUCACCAGUAUUUCUAUGCAGACCCAGUUAGAGAGUAUAAUGCUAUGGUGUAUGUGAAGAGAAAAGACACUUUUCAUAUUGACAGCACUGACCUUUAUGUGACGUUAUAUAACUGUUCAGUUGGGCACUUGGACUGUAGCCGCUGUCAUACUGCAGAUCAGAAGUACAACUGUGUGUGGUGUGGAGCCAGUUGUGUUUACAGAGAGUCCUGUUCCCAACACAUCGAAAUGACCUGUCCUGCUCCUCUCAUUCAUUUGGUGGAGCCUUUGUCAGGGUUGGUGGAAGGAGGCAUUACUUUAACUGUUUCUGGGUCUAACUUGGGACAGAAAGCUCAGGAUAUCCUUCAGUCUGUGACUGUUGCGGGUGUGCCCUGCACUGUUAUACCAUAUCUAUAUGAAAUAUCCUCCAGAAUUCUAUGUACAACUACUGCAAGUGGAGAGGAGAAAUCUGGUCACAUCUCUGUGAAAGUGUCUGGUGGAGGCUUCGGCCUGUCAAGUCAGAGAUUCAGCUACCAGGACCCGAAGCUGAUUGAAGUUUCUCCUCAGAGAGGACCAAAGGCAGGAGGAACAACUCUGACAAUCACAGGCAGAAAACUUUUGACCGGUCGUGUUACUGAUAUUAGUGUCCUACUAGGGAAUGUGCCUUGUUCAUUAAUAUCAAGUGUUCAGGAGGAAACUAUCAAGUGUCUGACUGGUGCUAGUAACAGGACAGGAGAACACAGAGUGACUGUGCAGUAUGGAAACACUGAGCGACAUCUCCAUGGCAAUGGCUAUUACUAUACCCCUGACCCCAACAUUACACAUGCCAUUCCCUCUAAGAGCUUUGUUGGUGGAGGGCGUGUAAUAAGCGUGUUCGGCCAGAACUUGAAUGUGGUCCAGAAGCCUCAGAUGCGAGUUACAGUGGUCCUCCCAGACUCCAUUUACCCCUUGAGGAGACACAGACGAAGGAGAAAAAGGAGUGCAACGGAUGUGGAAAUGCAGGAAACAAACUGUACAGAAGACUGUUCUGUCAUACAGUUUGAGGAGGAUUGCGAGGUGAAAAACUCUUCUCUGUUGUUGUGUCGGACUCCUGGUGUAGAUGCUAAGGUAGUUGGUGGCCAUAUGCUGGUUGAGUUUCUGUUGGAUAAUUUGCGCUUUGACUUUAACUCUGUCAGCCAAUCACCUUUCAUCUAUGAACCAAACCCAGUUCUGCACCCACUGAACCAUCGUGAUCCCACAAAACCAUAUCGUUACAAACCUGGAUCAGUUAUAUCAGUGGAGGGUGAGAAUUUAGACUUGGCCAUCUUUAAAGAGGAAGUAGUAGCACUGAUUGGUGAAGGAGUUUGUACUGUUAAAACUUUGACACAUAAUCACCUUUAUUGUGAGCCACCACCCCAGCAGCCCCCUCUUUCCCUUAGGCACGGGCGCAAGCGAGAGGGAGCUGAGGCCUUUCCAGAAUUUAUAGUUCAUAUGGGAAACUUGAACUUUUCACUGGGACAAGUGCAGUAUGAUUCUCCUAGUCACUCUAUCUUUCCACUGGUGGCGCAGAUUGGUGUUGGAGUGGUGGCUUCUCUUGUUGCUCUUAUUGUGCUUAUCAUCGUGUUUAUAUACAGGAGAAAGAGUAAACAGGCUCUGAGAGAUUACAAGAAGGUUCAGAUCCAGUUGGAGAAUCUAGAGACCAGUGUGAGAGACCGUUGCAAAAAAGAGUUUACAGAUCUGAUGACCGAAAUGAUGGAUAUGACAAGUGAUCUGGUUGGAUCAGGGAUUCCUUUCUUGGAGUACCGCAUGUAUGCUGAACGCAUCUUUUUCCCUGGGCACCGUGAGUCGCCACUUCGCAGAGACCUGGAUGUGCAGGAGUGUCGACGGGCCACGGUGGAGCAAGGACUCAUUCAGUUAUCUAAUCUCCUAAACAGCAAACUCUUCCUCACAAAGUUUAUCCACACUCUUGAGAGCCAGAGGACAUUUUCACCUAGAGACAGAGGAUAUGUGGCCUCUUUGCUCACUGUGGCUCUUCACAGUAAACUAGAGUACUUCACUGACAUACUCAAAACACUGUUGAACGAUCUGGUGGAACAGUAUAUUGCCAAGAACCCAAAACUCAUGCUCCGGAGAACAGAGACGGUAGUUGAAAAGCUCCUGACAAACUGGAUAUCCAUCUGCCUCUAUGCUUUCUUAAGGCAUUCAGCUGGUGAGUCUCUGUAUAUGCUCUUCAGAGCAAUUAAACACCAAGUAGAUAAAGGACCUGUGGAUGCAGUGACUGGCAAAGCCAAAUACACCUUAAAUGAUAACCGUUUGCUGAGAGAGGAUCUGGAAUACCGCACUCUGACAUUGAAUGUCUUGAUGCAAGGAAUAGGUGUGAAUGAGGCUCAGCCAGUUGCUGCCAAAGUUUUAGACUGUGACACUAUAACCCAGGUGAAGGAGAAGAUACUAGACCAGGUGUACAAGGGCACCUCAUACUCUCAUAGACCACAUGCUGACUCUGUGGACCUGGAAUGGCGGUCUGGUGUAGCAGGUCACCUAAUCCUCUCAGAUGAAGAUCUAACAUCUGUGGUUCAUGGCAACUGGAAACGCCUGAACACGCUCCAGCAUUAUAAGGUUCCAGAUGGAGCAAAUGUAGCUUUGGUGCUGCGCCAAAGCAAACAUAUUCACCAUGAUACCCAUGAUUACUUUGCAGGGGAGAAGACGCCCAUGCUAGAGGAUGCAGAUGAGGGAGGAGUGAGACUGUGGCAUCUAGUGAAGGCCAGUGAGGAGCCAGAGUUACCCAAACACAGACGAGGCAGUUUAAAAGAACGAGAAAGAGCCAAGACAAUACCAGAGAUCUAUCUCACGCGGCUACUGUCAAUGAAGGGUACACUGCAGAAGUUUGUGGAUGAUCUGUUCACAGUUAUUCUAAGCACUAGUCAACCGGUUCCUCUGGCAAUCAAAUAUUUCUUUGACUUGCUUGAUGAUCAGGCAGUGCGCCAUGGCAUUUCAGACUCUGAAACUAUUCACAUCUGGAAAACUAACAGUUUGCCUCUGCGGUUCUGGAUCAACAUUGUAAAGAACCCUCAGUUCAUCUUCGAUGUGCAGGUGUCAGAUAAUGUGGACGCGGUUCUGUCAGUUAUUGCGCAAACAUUCAUGGACUCCUGCACUACCACAGAGCAUAAACUUGGAAGGGAUUCACCUAUUAAUAAGUUGCUGUAUGCCAGAGAUAUCCCUCGCUAUAAACAGAUGGUUGAACGAUAUUAUGCAGACAUCAAGCAGACCAUCUCUGCCAGCGAUCAGGAGAUGAACUCUGCUCUUGCUGAGCUCUCCAGGAAUUACUCUGGAGAAUUAAAUUACCUGGUGGCCCUGCAUGAGCUCUAUAAGUACAUCAACAAAUACUACGACCAGAUUAUCACUGCCUUAGAGGAAGACACCACCGCACAGAAGAUGCAGCUUGGCUAUCGGCUUCAACAGAUCGCUGCAGCUGUAGAAAAUAAAGUGACAGACUUGUGAUCAUGGACAAAGUAAAGUGAAAGUAAUAAGUGUGAAGACACUGAUGGGUGGCUAUAUGAACACAUGGUACAGGUACUUUAGGUACAGUAUCAAUUGCAACGCUACCAUGUGAAGCAAGUAUACACAAAGAUCGUGUUCCGUUUAGCUGUAUUAAAUUGGACUCUACUAAGGAAGAUAAAUUAAGACCCACAGUGUAAUGUGAUGUGUUGGUUUAGAAGGGUGGAGCCUUUAACUUGAAUAUGGUCUUGGAUUUUUUUUUUUUUUUUUUUAUAUGGAAUAUGGUUAUUCCCAUUUCAGUCCUUUUCAUUUUAAAAAGCCUGGAUGCCUUGUUGAGUUCAUGAAUACAUUAUACUCCCAGUGGAGGGAUUUUUUUCUGCAGGAUUAACAUGAAAACCACGUAUACAUGCUCAAACUCUUGCUUGGUCAUGGCCUUACAACAGAACAAAAUUAGAUGUUCUGUACUCUGUCUACCUCCUCGCUUUGUAUCUACCAGUGUGUUUAUGUAAAAAUGUCUUGUGGCUGUAGUAAUUUUGUAACAUUUGAAUGUGAUUCAGCAUUUGCAAAGUUGCUAAAACUGUCAAAAACAUACCACGACUGACUGAAGUAAAAUGUUAUAGAACAUUUUCAGCUCAUUAGCAUAUUGUAAAUUGUCAUAAUGUUCAGUAAGUGUCACUGGAAAGUACAGUAUGUAAGAGUCUGUUUUGUUAACUUUUUUAAAUGUAUAAAUAUUUACUAGUAAGACCAAGUCUAGCAGACUUGUUACAUACAGUAUAGUGUCAUUGUUUCAACUAGUCAGGUCAAAUAAUGUUUAGCCAAUGUUUUUUUUUUUUUUUUGGAUUAAUUUUAAUCUGCUGGUGUCUUUUUAAGCCUUUUUUUUAAUUUGAGGUGCCAACAUAGGAUUGAAUGAAUUGAUCAUCUCUUACCACAUCCUCUAACAUUUCAUCAAUAUGGAAUUUUAAAGACUGACACUUUUAUGUAGGUACAUUUAAAGGAUAGAAAUCUCUAGCCUUCAUGUGAGAAAAUAUGAUCUGUAUUGUAUGUAAAGUUGUGCUCAAAUAUAUUAGUGCUGGUCCACUGUAUAGGUAAAUAGACCACUCACUUGCAAUUCAUUUCUUUUGAUCAAAGACUGUUCUCAAACACUGAAUUAUCACAAAAAUGUGAGAUAAAUAGAAAUUGUCAGAGAAAAGAUGUGACUGUCAUAUUUACUAAUAUUUUUAGUGUAGUACAAUGUAAAUAAUGACUGAAUUGUUACGUAGCUUCUUAGCAAAUUCAAAAAGAGUAAAUUAUUAUAAGACUUAUAAACUGUUCUUUAAAAGAGGUUUAACAAUCAGCUUACAAGUUUAAUGUUAAGCUGUUCUAUAGGUUUUUGGGUCUGAAUGUAUGUGAAUUAUGGGAAUACAAAUGAACGAUUACUUGAUACAUUGUCUUUUCCAUAACAUCACAUGAAAACUAAAUUGAUUGUGUUGGGCGUUCAAGGUGAACUUGAUGGCAUCAGUUUAAUAAUUAGGAUAAAUAAAGUUUAAAUUUG